AGGGCAAGCUAAGUCGCCACCAAGUUCUCUUCAGUUGGGGCUGUGGACAAAUGGAGGAGCAGACACAAACCCUGAUGAUCCCCAGAGUGAAGUUGGGAUCCGAGGGAUUAGAGGUAUCCAAGCUGGGAUUGGGUUGCAUGAGCCUCAGUGGAGGAUACAAUUCUCCGCUCAGUGACGAAGAUGGGAUAGCCGUCAUCAAGCAUGCCUUCAGCAAGGGAAUCACCUUUUUCGACACCUCCGAUUUCUAUGGACCCCGUACCAAUGAGAUCUUGAUUGGAAAGGCCUUGAAGCAGUUGCCCCGAGAAAAGAUUCAAUUGGCCACAAAAUUUGGCAUUGUAGGGGUUCAGACUGGUUUUGUUGUAAAUGGUCGGCCAGAAUAUGUUCGAGCAUGCUGCGAGGCGAGCCUCGAGCGUCUUGGUGUGGAAUACAUUGAUCUAUACUAUCAGCACCGUGUGGAUAAGACAGUGCCAAUUGAGGAUACUAUGGGGGAGCUGAAGAAGUUGGUGGAAGAGGGCAAAGUGAAGUACAUCGGGCUAUCAGAAGCCAGCCCCGACACAAUCCGGCGUGCACAUGCCGUUCAUCCUAUUACUGCACUCCAGAUGGAGUGGUCUCUCUGGUCUCGUGAUAUAGAAGGAGAAAUAGUUCCACUCUGCAGAGAACUUGGCAUCGGAAUAGUUGCAUACAGUCCUCUUGGUCGUGGUUUCUUUGGUGGAAAAGGAGCUGGAGAAAGUAUUCCUUCAGGCAGUAUAUUGGCUUUACAUCCAAGGUUUACUGGAGAAAACUUGGAAAAGAACAAGAUUCUGUACCUGCGAAUAGAGAAAUUAGCUGCAAAGUAUCAGUGCACCCCUGCUCAGCUAGCUCUUGCUUGGGUUCUUCAUCAAGGGGAUGAUGUGGUUCCUAUCCCAGGAACGUCCAAGAUCAAAAACCUAGAUGCUAAUAUAGAUUCUUUGAAGCUGAAGCUCACAAAAGAGGACUUGAUGGAAAUAUCCAAUGCAGUGAAUGAAGAAGAGGUGGCGGAAUGGCAAAAUUGUUCCACUUGCCCGCCGUCUUCUUCCUUCAAAUUGGUGGAAGAAGGGAAAAUAAAAUACAUUGGACUAUCGGAGGCCAGCCCAGAUACAAUUCGGCGUGCCCAUGCUGUACAUCCCAUCACUGCAGUGCAGAUGGAAUGGUCACUCUGGACUCGUGAUAUUGAGGAAGAGAUCAUCCCACUUUGCAGAGAACUUGGCAUCGGCAUAGUUUCAUACUCCCCUCUUGGCCGUGGAUUUUUUGGUGGCAGAGGAGUUGUCAAAAAUACACCUCCAAAUAUGAUCUUGGCUAAACAUCCAAGGUUUAAUGAAGAAAAUUUACAUAAGAACAAGACACUCUAUCAGAGACUAGAGAACUUGGCCGUGAAGCAUCAGUGUGCCCCUGCUCAGUUAGCUCUAGCAUGGGUUCAUCAUCAAGGUUAUGAUGUGGUUCCUAUCCCUGGGACCACCAAGAUGAAGAACCUGGAUUCCAACAUUGGCUCUUUAAAGGUCAAGCUCACAGAGGAGGACCUGAAAGAAAUAUCGCAUGCCGUUCCCAUAGGAGAGGUAGCAGGUGAUCGAAACUAUGAUUUUGUGGGACCAGCCGAUUGGAAGCAUGCAAAUACACCUCCCAGAGAUUCCAGUGCCCCAGCAUGAUGUUAUUAGAUCAUGUCCAGGUUGAUCUGAUGAUAAAGAAAGUCCUGCGAUUCCAAUUAGAUGGGAAACUUCUCUACCUGGUCCCUUAACAGUCGUCUUGGAAACCUAAUAGUUCUUGGUUAUAGAAGCUGAAUGUUUCUGAGAAGAUUACAGAAGUUUGUAGUUACUGUCUACUUAAAAAGUGUUUGUAGUUGCUGUUAUGCUACUGUUUUGAUCCC